AUGGCUUCUGCAAAGAAGGGUGGCGAGAAGAAGGUCUGUUUUGCCAUCAAUGAGGUAGUGACCAGAGACUAUACUACCAACAUUCACAAAUGCAUCCAUGGAAUGUGAUUUAAGUAACAUGACCUUCGAAUACUCAAAGAGAUCUGUAAAUUUGCCAUGAAGGAGAUGGGAACUCCAAAUGUAUGCACUGAUUCCAGGCUCAACAAAAUUGUCUGGACCAAAGAAAUAAGGAAUUUCUCACACUGUAACUGGGUGCAGUUGUCAAGAAAACAUAAUGAGGAUGGAGAUUCACCAAACAAGCUCUAUAUGUUGGUUUGCUAUAUACCAGUCACCACUUUUAAAAAUAAACAAUUAAUAUAG